GGGUGGUGGUGCAGAGCAGAGGCGUGGGAAAACGGGCGAGUUGACGGACAUUCGUCGUUGAGGAGCGCCGGAAUAGUCGCACAGCUGUAGGGCUACUGCGAUGUUCACAGGGGGAUAAAAAGGUUACACCGCCGAAUACACCGUAUACGUAUGUAUAGCUCGGAUGUAUCGCCCGGCAACCCCUUCCAUGUACAGACGGAAGAUACCAUUGUUUGGAUAGAAUACUACAGAGGCAUUCGCGACAUAGUGUAUCGCUACGACUCAGCAGAUUUCGGCGGGCGUCACGAUGGAAGAUGGAUGUUGCUCGCGCAAACUCAUCGAUCUGCCCAAUCGAUAUCGCCGGGAUGGAAUUUUGCUGGAUGCUCGGUCUUGCACUUCAUUAAACUUGAAGCUCCAGGGAGCCUCCGACGGCGCAUACUGUGUGAUCGCUAAACAACCUCGCAGCGCGCCUCUCACAACAAUAAGAAUGGUACUGGUUCGGUUGCCAUGCAUUGCCAGUUGGGAUGGGAUCGAACUUCGAAUAUCGGUACUCCCACUCCGGCGGCCGGCCCUGCCACAUUUAUUAUUGAUGCUGACAGUUCUGCCGAUCGACCGCUCUAUGUCCACACCCCCUCUGUUUCAAGAAUUUUCGCGUUCGGGCCCCCCCGCUCUCCGUGCCCGCCUCUUUCAAUUUAUCCUUGGACAAGUUGAAUCAGUCCAUGAUAAUGCGUUUCAAGAGGUCCUUGCCGUUCUCGUGGCCGUGAGAAAUAAGUGUGGCUUGGCUUCCGGCGCCAACGGGUCCAAGUUCCAACCCCAACGCACGCCCAACUCACGAUCCUGGGAAUCUUGCAUUAUUGUGUGCAUAACUCCGACAGCCCCAACCAGCCUCCGCACUCCCACGUUCCCAUUGGGCCAACCCGCUGGCAGGCCAAAAUUUGCGUUGAUGGGUCUCCACGGCGAACAACAUCCAAUAAAAUGGAGGAAGAAACUUACCUCCGUGUUGCGCUCGCUGCCCAGAGGUGAUCAUCCGCACCCCCCAGCCCGUCACUUGCUGAUCGGCACUACAUGGGGAGCGGCCGUCCGCGUGUCUUGAGAUCCAUAUCUCAACCGGGAAUCUUCAAAGGGAAGUAGUAAUGGGGGUGUGACCGGAUUGUGCUCUUCAAAUUCGCUCUGAGGGUUGUUCUUGUAGGGGGCUGGAUUCAGAGUGCUUUUUUUCUGGGAUGGCGGAUCCGAGCCGUGGGGCGAAUAUUCUCCGACGCCCAGGCGAGGGUCAACCACAGUUUGGGAUCCGGGUGGUAUCGAAGGGGAAGCCUCACGCUCGGAGGGCGAGAAUGGUAAUAGAGCUGUAGGAGUGUGAAAAAAAGCCCGCCCUCCCAGCGCCUGCUAUUUCGGGGCAGCGGCUGCUAUAAUAGGACUAGCAACGCGUGUAUAAAGAAAGCCUCCCGCCGUGCG